UUUACUGAUCUCGGUGGAGUUUUGUUGGCCAUCACUGGUGUUGAGGCCUUAUUUGCGGACUUGGGACAUUUUAACCGGACUGCCAUUAAGAUCUCUUUUCCAUGUUUCGUUUAUUUUCCUUUGGUUUUAGUAUAUACAGGCCAAGCUGCACGUCUGGUUUUGGAUCCCUCCGUAAUUGCCAAUACUUUUUGGUUAACUACUCCUAAUAAACCUGCAAUUUAUUGGAUUGUAUUUGUUUUAGCGAUCUUAGCUACAAUAAUUGCGUCUCAGGCUAUGAUUUCGGCUACUUUUUCUUUAGUUUACCAAUCAAUGCAAUUAGAUUGCUUUCCAGCAGUUAAGGUUAUUCACACAUCAGAAAGAGUUGAAGGUCAAAUAUAUAUUCCAGAGAUUAAUUAUACCUUAAUGGUCUUAAUCGUGCUCGUUUGUGUCGGCUUCCAACAUUCCACAAACCUGACGGUCGCUUACGGUGUAGCCGUUGCAUCUGUAAUGAUUAUUACAACAACCCUCUUAGCAAUUGUAAUUCGUCUUGUCUGGCGUCUUCCUAUUAUUGUUUCAAUUAUAUUCUUUUGUGUCUUUUUCACUAUUGAUGCUUCAUUUUUGGGUGCAACCUUACGAAAAGUCGAAUCUGGUGGUUGGUUUACAUUGGUUGUUGCUGUACUUCUUACAAUUAUGAUGAGCAUAUGGAGAUGGGGUACAGUUCGCGUGAUACGUCAUGAACGUUCACAAACUCCUGAUCUUCAAAAAAUUUUUAAGGAGGAAAAAAUUGUUUCAAACGAAAUUAAUAUUACCGACAAUGAUAUCAAUUCGUCUCACGAGAUUACUUUAGAAAGUGGAAAUGAAGUUUCCAGUGAAGUUGCAACUCACUUUAUACGCUCGCCGGGUAUUGGGCUUUUCUAUAGUGACAUUGGCACCAAGAUCCCACUUUCUUUCACACAUUUUGUAAAAAACUUUCCAAUUAUGCCUCAGAACGUUGUUUUUAUCACAAUCAGAACUGUAGCCAUUCCAAGAAUCAUUGAUAUCGAUGAUCGUUUUAUAGUGAAAAAAGUUAAAAAUUAUGAAGGUUGUUAUCAAGUAACUGCUAGAUAUGGUUAUGCAGAACAAAUCUCUCAAGGAAGAGAAUUUAUUUUACAAUUAGUUGAAUCAAUUCGAAAGAUUGAUUCUGCGAGCACAAAAUUAACUCAAGAUUUUAAUCCUGAUAAUGGAUCCGUUGUAUAUGUGUUAGGACAACAGUAUCUAUGUUCUAGACAUGAUUCUCCAUGGUGGACAAGAAUUCUAGUUAACAUAUAUACGUUUAUAGCCGUCAAUUCUAGAAGGUUCUAUAGUAAUUGGGAUAUUCCUGUUGAGAAUACUGUUGUUGUUGGUGUAAAGAUUUCGAUUUAA